AAAACAUAUGUCGAAACGUUUUAAAAACAUUGAGACGAAAAUGUCUUUAUGCUUGUUACAAAAGAUUUAUAUCAACUAACAAAUUGUUAUUUCAAAAGGCUUCUUCGAGAGAUACGAGCAAUAUAAUAUAUUUUAAAAGUUUUGUUGAAAAUGAGCGUCAAUUCCGAAGGAUCAGACGAGAAACGGGUGGGACAUUAUUCCAACCCAGAGCACCCGACGGAAGGCUUCAAGAGGAUGUCCUACCUCUUCAUCACCGACCAGCUCACCGAUGUCACCCUCAAGGCGGGAGACACCUCUCUCAAGGUACACAGGGUCGUCCUGGCCUCCGUGUCGGACUACUUCCUCGCCAUGUUCAAGUCCGACCUCAUCGAGUCCAAGGCGGAACUGGUCGAGAUGAAAGAAGUCGAUGGCCACGCUUUGAGCUCUCUCGUAUCUUACGCUUACACCGGAAAUAUAGACGUCAAAGAGGAAACUGUAGAAAGCGUCUUAGCAGCAGCAGUUCUCCUCCGAUUCCCGGAAGUCGUGGACGCUUGCACGAACUUCAUAAUUCAACAACUCGACCCGAGCAAUUGCAUUGGCAUAGCGACGUUUGCCGAAUCCAGGAAUUGCUGCCAGCUUCGGGACGUCGCUGUCGCCUACACAGAAGAAAAUUUUGAAUUGGUUGCAGAAAACGAAGAAUUUCUUCUGAUGCAAUUAGAAGAUUUUGUCAAACUCAUCUCUUCUGAUUACAUCAAUGUGACGUCCGAAGUAUCAGUUUUCCAAGCUGUGAUAAAGUGGAUAGAUUACGAUAUAAAAAACAGAUGCGUUCAUCUCGAAAGACUUAUGGGAUUCGUGAAGUUGCCGUUACUACCACCUCAAUUCUUAGUGGAGGAUGUCGUCCCUAAAAUUGGCCAGUGUGGAACUUCAAUGGUCAUCGAUGCUCUAUCGUACCAUGCUGUACCAGAAAGAAGAACAAAGUUCCCACCAGCAAGAAUUACACCAAGGAAAUCUACAAUCGGAAGCUUAUAUUUCGUGGCCGGUUGUGAACGUGUAGAAGGAUUCCUACAUUGCGCCUGUACAGUGAAGGAGUACUCACCACGUCACAACAGAUGGCGAAUGGUAGCCAAGAAAUGUAACCAGCGAUUGCAGCUAGGUGUAACCUCUUUGGACCAUCGAAUCUUCAUGAUAGGUGGCCGAGAUGGUAUAAGGACGCUGAACACAGUUGAAUACUUAGAUCUCAAUUGCAUGGUCUGGGCAGAUAUUUCGCCAAUGUUGACAGCUAGGCAUGCGCUGGGUGCAGCCACUUGGGGAUCUGGUGGUCCUAUUUACGCGGUGGGAGGAGACGACGGAUGGAGCUUCUUGAACACCAUAGAACGCUGGGACCCGGGCACGGGCGAGUGGUCCUACGCGAAGCCGAUGUCGUCGCCACGAUCCUUGUCCGGCGUAGCGUGCCUCCUCAACAGGCUGUACGUCGCCGGCGGGAGGAACGGGAUAGCCUGCCUCGACCUUCUGGAGGCCUAUGAUCCCCUCUCCGGCAUAUGGCACAGCUGUGCUCCGAUGUCGACGAGAAGGGGUGGGAUCACAGCAGUGGUAUUAGGUGAAAGCCUGUACGUCAUUGGUGGGAUCGAUUUACCUUGCAGUGGAACCCGCUUCUCCAGUGCUGAGAAGUAUGAUCCAAGAGCUGACAGCUGGAUGCCAGUGUCACCAAUGUCAGUCUGCAGGGACGGUAUCGGCGCUGCCGUUCUCGGGAACAAAAUAUACGCCGUGGGUGGGUAUGACGGGGAAUCCUAUCUGAAGACGGUGGAAGAAUACGAUUCUUUCACAGAUACAUGGAGGCUGAUGGCUCCGCUCAACUCAGGAAAAAGUGGUAGCUGCGUUGCCUAUAAUAAGAAGUAAAUAAUAAAUAAUGUAGGAGUAACUGCAUUGUAUAGAUCUACCAGAAUAAAAAAUAAC